GGACUGAAAACCUAGUGAGGAGAUGGAUGGAUGAUGUGUUGCUGCUGCAGCACUUGGGAGCUGCUGGACACCAAUGUGAUCCAGAGCGAACACAUCUGCACCGAGUGUUUACAGUUCAAGGAACUUCGAAUCCAAGUUAAUGAGCUGGAGUCCAAGCAGCAGACAUUGCGCCACAUCAAGGAGGGGGAAAGUUACCUGACACUUUGCUUCAGGAGGCGGUCAUACCCUCAGAUUAGAUGGAUUGCACUGUACUGCACUAGAGAAUACAGAGAGGAUAGAUCCAGACCAUCACCCAAGGAACAACUGCACAACUGUGGGAAGGUAUCCAGUCCCUUCACAGCAUUGCUCAACACAGAGAAGGUUGGGCAGUGAAACCAUCAUCUGGUCGGGUCAGGGGAGCUUUGACAUAAUCAUCAGAUCUGAAAUCGUUCAGUGGUGUGGAGUCUUCCAUCAGAGCCAGUUUUUCCCAAGGUUUGACUGUGAGUGACCACUAGGGUGAGGCUGGGAAGAAGUUUGAGUGGGCUCUAAGUGUGGUGACAACUUCAAUCAUUCAUCGAACCUCAUGAACCACUACCUGAUUCCUACAGAUAAGAGGCUGUUCAAGUAAGAGGUGUGUGGAGAGGGCUCCACAGCCUCAUAUUAUCUCCUAAAACGCAAACUACGUCUGUUGUACAACUGUGAACUCCAAAGGAAGCCACAUGGAAGACAAACAAUUCAAGCAAGAGGUCUGCGACCAAGCAUACACACAGUCAUCGAUAUUGAUGAAUGAUCAAAGCAUCCACACUGGGGCGAAAACGGUAAUGUGUGAGGUUUGUGAGAAGACUUUCCCUCGAUCCUGUGAUCUCCUGAAGCACCAGAGGAUCCACACAGGUGAGAAACCAUUCAAGUGUGAGGUGUGUGACCAAGCAUUCACACUGUCAUCGACGCUCGUGAAUCACCGACGCAUUCACACUGGGGAGAAGCCCUUCAAGUGUGAGGUGUGCAAUGAGGGCUUUGCACAAUCAUCAACCCUGUUGUAUCACAAGCGCAUUCACACAGGGGAGAAACCGUUCACAUGCGAAGUGUGCGACAAAUCAUUCUCCCACUCGUCUUCCUUCCGAAAACAUCAACGCAUUCACACAGGGGAGAGGCCAUUUAAGUGUGAGGUAUGUGACAAAGCCUUCACAAGUUCAACAUCCUUCCUGAUGCACCAGAGGAAUCACACAGCAGAGAAACCUUUCAGGUGUGAGGUCUGUGAGAUGGCCUUCGCCCAAUCCUCUGAUCUCCUGAGGCACCAGAGGACCCACACAGGUGAGAAACCUUUCAAGUGUGAGUUUUGCGACCGAGCCUUCACACGGUCAUCAACGCUCGUGCGACACCGACGCACUCACACUGGGGAGAAGCCAUUCAUGUGUGAGGUUUGUGAGAUGGCUUUCACCCAAUCGUCUGAACUCCUGAUGCACCAGAGGAUCCACACAGGGCAGAAACCCUUCAAGUGUGAGGUGUGUGACCAAGCUUUCACACGGUCAGCGACGCUUGUGAAUCACCGACGCAUUCACACAGGGGAGAAACCAUUCAAAUGUGAGGUGUGUGACCAAGCCUUUGCACGGUCGUCAACACUCGUGAAUCACCGACGCAUUCACACAGGAGAGAAGCCAUUCAUUUGUGAGCUGUGUAAUGAGGGCUUUGCACAAUCAUUGGCUCUGCUGAAUCACCAGCGCAUUCACACAGGAGAAACCAUUCAGGUGUGAGACGUGUGACAAAUCAUUGAGUCAUCGACCCUCUAUUUACACUUUCACACAAGUGAGAAUCCAUUCAAUUGUUAGGUGUGCAACAAAGCUUUCACAAGAGUCAUCGUACCUCCUGCUGCAUGAGAGGGCCCACACAGUGGUGUAAUCCUCUGAGUGUAAGGUUUACAAUAAAGCUUUCAUUACAUCUUAAAUCCUCCUGGGACACCAGCGGAUUCACAAAGGGAAGAAACUUCAGGUGCAAUGUUUGUUAGAAAGCUAUCAACCACUCUUCCAAUCUCGUGAAGUACCAGUGCACCCACACCAGUGAAAAACCAUUGAGUUGUGGAGUGCGUGACAAGGCUUUCAUGCAUUCAGCGUAUCUCCUGGUCCCUCAAUACACAGGGAAAAAACCCUGUCAGUGUGAGUUCUGCAAUAAAACCUUCGCUCAGUUUUCGAACCCCCAGAAAAACCAGCAGACCCUCACAGGAGACAAACCCUUCCAGUGUUUGUGCCAAGAUUCUUUCACUGACUCUUCCUCUCUUGGCAUACACCAACGUCUCCAUAUGGACUUGGAGCCAGUCACCGGCUUCAGUAACAUUGAGUUGUCUGUUGUUUAUCCUCCAGUGCUCACACAGGGGAGCUGUCGUUCCAAAGCUCUGUCUGUCUCAGCAGUGUCUGUUUUGAACCUCUUCCACCAUCAGUCCAAUAAUUUCAAGAAGGCCAAUGUAACCUUUGACCAGAUCACAAAACAUCACCAAAAGAGGAGAUCAGUAUGUAUAGAAGCUCCUGUAUAAACUCAGCAUCCUUUCAGUGCAGAGCCAGGUACAAGUCACUCACUGACUCUCACUCUGUCUAAGAAGACAAUCAGAUACUUGGUGGUUAGAAAGGCUUCAGCUUCUGACCUACCAGCACAAGCACCCAGGGGAGGGGCCAUUCAUGCGAUAGUAAUGGAGGGACUUCAAUUAGCCAUAGUAUCUCUGGUCUAUGGAAGGGAAUAAUCAGCUGGGAAGUCAGGGGGAGGGCAAGAUGUGUCUCGGCUGUGACAGUCUCCAUUGUCUCAAAACAUUCACUGUCUGGGUCUACACAUGCUGAAUGGCCACUUAGAGCACUAGAGGCCAAUCAAUGUCCACAGUCUGUACUCCAGGUCAGUACCUUGAGGAUUAGAGGUAAUGUGAGAGGACAACAGCUUGUAUUUAUAGAGCACUUUAAUAUAGUCAAACAUCCCAAAGUGUUUCAUAGAGACGUCAUCAGGGAAAAAUUAACACCAAGACAAAGAAGGAGAUAUUAGGAGGGGAUGACCAAAUAUAUGGUCAAAGUGUGGGAUUUAAGGAGGGAAUUCUAAACCAUGGAGUCUGGCUGUUGAUGGUAGGGUGAAGGGUGAAAAGAAUGGAGCUGGGGGAAUGUACUAAACGACAAAAUUGGAGGAGUCCAGAGUACUUGGAGGGAAAUGAGGUUAGAGGUGACAGAGAUAGUGAGGAUUGGAGGCAAUGAGGGCUAUGAACCAGUGCAGGUCAAUGAGCACAGGUGUGAUAGUUGUGAGAGUUAGAUAGAGACCAUUGAGCUGAAGUUUAUGGAGAGUGGAAAAUGGGAUGCUGGACAGGAAAGCAUUGGAAUGGCCUAGUCUAGUAUGGAAGCAACAACAGCAUGGAUGAGGAUUUCAACAGAUGAACUAAUGCGAGGGUUGGGAGUGUUAAAAAUGAGCGAAGAAACAGAGGGGGAAGUAGGCGAUCUUUGUGAUGGAGAGGGUUAUGGGUUGGAAGCUCAGCUGGAGGUUGAAGAGGAUGACACUGACCAAUUGUUGGAGAUGAGAGUGGAGAGAGCAAUCAAGAGGAAUUUAAGGAAUGUAGGAACUGGAGUAAUUCCUUGAGCCCGUUGCACAUUCAAUUAGAUCAUGGCUGAUCUGUAUCUUAACUCUAUCUACCUGCCUUGGCUCUGUAGCCCUUAAUCCCCCUGCCUAACAAUAAACCUAUCAAUCGCAGACUUUAAAUUUUCAGUUGACCUCCAGCCUCAACAGAUUUUUGUGGGGAGAGAGUUCCAGAUUUCCAGUCCCCUUUUUGUGAAGAAGUAUUUGUUGACAUCGCCCCUGAACAGACUGGCUCAAAUUUUAAUGCAAUGCCCCCUUGCUCUGGACUCUCCCACCAGAGGAAUAGUUUCUCGCUAACUACUCUAUCAACUCGUUUAAUCAUCUGAAACACCUCAGUAAAAUUACCGCUUAAUUUUCUUCAUUCAAGGGAAUACAAGCUCAGUCUGUGCAACCUAUCCUCAGAAUUUAACUCCAGGAACAUUCUGGAGAAUCUAUGCUGCGCUCCCUCCAAGGCCAAUAUAUCCUUCCUGAGGUGCGGUGCCCAAAACUGAACACAGUUCUCGAGUUAGGGUCUAAACAGAGCUCUGAACAGCUGGAACAUAACUUCCACAAGGACAAAGUUGGUUUUGGGGAAGAGAAGUUGUGGGUUAUCUUUUCUCUUCAGGAUGGUCCAGGAGUAAUGAGCAGUUUUGGUAGAGGAAAGCUUGUGCUUGUCAGAUUUGGUGAACGAUGACCAGACCAGGUGUGCACUAGAUAAGCUUAAAACUUUAGCCCUUGGACUUGAGAAGCAGGGAGAUUGACCAGGAAGGGAGUAAAGGUAAUUUUAAAAACAAGAAUGUAGAAGGUGGAUACGAGGGAUUGGUUAAACCAGAUUGACGGCUAUAGAAGCAUUGUGGUGAAUGGAAGGUCAAAGGGUAGAGAGUUGGGAAUUAGAAAGCGCUGUCCAACUCACCUGGGGGAAAAGUGUCUUUCAGGAAUGGAAACUGACUGGUCCAUGGACCCAUGUGACUCCUGGAUCUCAAUAACCAUAGGUGGGCUUAUAUGAUGGAACUGAGCUCUAUGCUGUGCUACAAUAUUUCUACAUUUCUAAUCUUCAGAAUUGGGAGCUAGACUAAAGCACUGGGAUUUUAAAGAAACAUCUGUCUGUAGUACUCGGAGAGACUUCUCCUUGAUGUCAGUGUAUGUGUGUGUUGGUAAAGUGAUCUAGCUCCCGGGAAUGGAGUAGAAUCAGACCCUUCUUUAGUUGGCGAUAUUCUCUUUAGGUAAUGGGGGUUUGACUAAUACCAUGGGUAAUGUUUGUACUCUACUGUCAAGGAGGACUACUAGCCUGAGUAUGGUGAGGUGAGUCUCUAAAGACCUGAGUUCCAUCAGCCUAUCAUACCUCGAUGAAAUAACAGUGUGAUAUGUUCACCAUACAGUCUUCCAAGAUUCAUUUCAUAUUUGGGGUAAGAUCCUGAUCAUUUUCAAAUGCUUUGUUAUAUUUUGGUUGAUUCAAAGUUUGGUGCAGGCUGAAUAUUGUGUUGUUCUCUGCUAUCAGUUUUCUGCAUAGUUUUGUAAUCCAAAAUAAAUUCACUUUUUAGUUCAACCUAAA